CAGUGAGGAGACAAAAUGCUGGGCACAGGAGCUGACAAAGGCGUUCUGCAGAGCAUUGCACAACAGAGCAGGCUCCUCCCGACGUCCAGAAGAAGACCAACUGCAACUUCCUGACUUAGGUUUCAUAACACAAGACAACAUCGCGUGGGGAAAACAGCCCUGAUCUUGUCAGCUGGACCUCAACAUGGAAACAUUAGACGUCUCAGACAUAAUUUCAACAUGCAGCAAAUUCAUCAAAGAGGGUAUACAGGAAUAUGCUGAAAAAGAGAACAUUUCAUCCAUUCCUGCAGACCGCUGGAGUCUUCUAACCCUACAUGUGGUAAUGUACUGCUUGGAGAAGACUGCUGCUCAAUUGCUCAAGAAUCCAGAAUCUGACAUUAGGGAAGAAAAAACACAGACGAUCGUGGAAGAAGAAAGACAUGUAGAAGUAGAGACAUAUAUAGAACAUAUUCUUCAGUCAUCACCUGAUCCCUCCAAGAUUAACGUUGAUGUGAACCCAUUGAUGAAGUUGAUGACUGAGCAUCACAAGCAACAGCAAGAGUCCCAAGAAAAAGCAAACAGGACCCUGCAAGACCAACUAAGUCAUCAACACAGACAACAGGAGCAAAGGCAACAGCAGCAAAACAAAGUUUUCAAACAGUUCCUCCAGCAACAACAAGACUUUCAGUCCAGGCUGAUGGCAGAUUUCAUAAAGCAUACAGAGAUGCAAGCUACACUUUUCUGUCAGGCGCUGACUAAUGGCAAAACAGAGAAACCUGUUCAAGAUGAUAAUGUAAAUAUGAAUAAAGAGGACACAUCAUGUUACAAGCCACCCAGCCCAGAAACUACAUAUCAUUCCAAUACCGGCCACCAUUGUGUGUCUGGACAAGGCUCUGCUCAAAAAUCUGGAUCAUUUUCACAUUAUGAGGUAACUAAUAGAGGCAAGCAACCUUUUCCGGUAUUUGACUGUCAUGAACUUGGACAACAGUUUUGCCAGUGGUUCUACAGCCAACUGAAUGCUCAGAACCCCUCUCCUGGGCAGGAAAAACCUCAUUGGGACCCUAAUAUCUUAUGGAAGGAUGUAAUAUUUUCAAUAGUACAUGACAAUUCCUUCGACAAAUACACUGGAGAUGAAUGUGUGAGCUCAAAACUGCUUGAAAUGACACAAGACCAAAAACUAAAAUUUACACCAAUGCCUGACAGCGAAAGGUUAAGUUGUGUGAAUUCUAAGCAUGGACUAGUGGUGGUGGCGGUUACUGGAGUCAUAACCAAUAGUGACAACUGUUCAGGGGUUUUCAACCAGAUCUUUGGACUUAUUAGGUGUCCGUCCACAGGUAACUACAAGAUCAAAUCAAUUUAUCUAAGAAUAGAUAACUGGGAUCCUUUGAUCUCAGGACACAAAUUGCAGGUUCCCCCAUUACAAUAUACCACAGAACAACUGCAGGAAUACAAAAUUGACCAUAUAGGGAGCAUGUAAAAGCAGACAUGUAUGCCUGUGCAAGAAGCAUAUAUAUAUAUAUAUAUAUAUAUAUAUAUAUACUGUAUAUAGUAUGUGUACUGUAACAUAAUACUGCCAUUCAAUUGCAAAAUAAUACCCUGUAAAUAAUACUAGUUCCUUUUAAGAUUCAAUUUUAAUCAAGAACGGUAAAAAGUUUCAAGCUGACAUUACCCAGUGGUCAAGUGUGGUGAAGGGGUUAAAAAGGACAUGACACAAGAAAUCAAUUAUAAAAUACCUGGUGGUCUGGGAGAGUGAAGGGGUUAUUGGUUCAUCCUUGUUGGUCUAGGUCAGCAAAAGGAUUAAUUAUAAAAGUCCUGGUGGUCAAGGGUAAUGACAGAGUUAACGGGUUAUACCACGAAGGGUAUUUUUCACCUACCCAAAAGAUAAGUGAUACAUGACAGAUUUUGGGUGUAUCCUAAGAAUGCUCCUUUCACUACUAUGGGUCGGAGUGCUGUCCUUCCUUUGAACGGAUAAUAUAGAACAGAUAUGGGAUUGCCCUUUUAAUGGUUAAAUCCUUGGCAGUCUUGGGAUCUGAAGGUAAUAAUUGGUGUUUCAAGCCCACGAAGGAGUUCAUAUUUUACCAUGUUCGGCCUGUCUCGAGAUAAUUUAUUUAUUUAUGUUAUUCACUUAUAUAGCGCUGGGGACAUUAGCAUCAAGCUGUCCCCAAUGGGGCUCACAAUCUAAGGUCCCUAUCAGUAUGUCCUUGGAGUGUGGGAGGAAACCAAAGUACCCGGAGGAAAUCCACACAAACAUGGGGAGAACAUACAAACUCCAUGCAGAUGUUGUCCUUGGUCGGAUUCAAACCUAGAACCCCAGCGCUGCAAGGAAACAGUUUGAUUAACUAGGAAAUGGGGACCCUGGGCAAUUUCUCAAUUUGGCAUCCCCUAAACCUGUGCUGACUAAUGCAGUACGUGACUGAUUAACUAUUGAAAAGGAAACCCCCAGCGCAAGCUUUACAAUCAUCUUCCAUACUAAUAAAAGCCCUGUGUGCAUGCUCAGACGCCCCACACGCAACCGCGCCACCCACAACUCCUCUCUCGACUUUUCUCCAAGUCACCCCCUUGCUCUCAGCCCCCACGGACUCUGCAGUCACAUGACCCCGCACUUACCUCUCAGCAGCCAGCUCAGGCUGCACACCAGCAGUCUCCUCAGCACGGCGCCCAUGUCUGCGUGUGGCCCCUGUACAUCGCGAGUGUGCGCCUCAAUGCUCAGCGCUCUCCCAGCCCCGGCUGAUGCUUCCCCGCUCAGGAGCCACCAUGCUGCAUGUAAAGCCGCCGCAGAUACUCUCCUCCCCCUCCUGCUCUGGCGGCGGAAUGAUCCCUGUCCUGUAACCGAGUACCGCACUGCUCCACCGAUGAACCUAAGUCCUUACUGCCUGGGUAUUAACCCAGAACCCUCCACUCUGUGCACUGUACCCAGAGCCAUCCGUUCGGUCGCGGAAUUCCGUAGGGACUACCUUCUCUCCUCCCUUCCCCCUUCUCUGCAGCCAGAACUACAUUCCCAGGGCCUGUCCUCUGUGAUAGUGCAAUAUUCAUUUUCGUGAUAUUUUGCUAAUUUUUCGCAUAAUAUUCGCAAUAAAUUCACGAAUUCUAGAAUUCGUAAUCUCCAGUAAUAAUUUUUGUAAAGUUGCAUGUAU